CUCUGUGGCACACCACAAUUGUCAAACAAAUUUCGUCUCAGCAAUUUAGCCGUGAAUUUUAAUAAAUUUAUCGUUAAUAUCGCGUAAAGUUUAAUGAAACUGUUGUUUUAAUAAUUGUUUAGUUGUGUGCAAUGUUAUUUUAGUUAUAUUUCACAGUUUGAGACUGCGUAAUGUCGGUCGAGAGUUAGCCUAAGGCACAAUGCCAUUUUACAAUUUUAUAGUUUUAUUAUAACAUUGGAACUGAGUGUUUCUUGAUAAAGUUAUGACGUGUUGUAGUGCAUUGUAAGUGUUGUUUUAUAAAGCUAUUGCAGUAAACGUAAGUACAAAACAUCAUCACAAUGGAGUUACCACACCCCCUGUACGCGCAACCGAAGCUGGAGGAGGGUAUGUACUUACCUCACAUGGAGGGACCCUUCAUAGUGCCCAAACCGGAGAAUCUCCAGUACCAGACCGUUCCGGAGAACUAUUCCAUGCCUCAGAACUAUGCUCCAGAGCCACCGACAAAUUUCACGGUGACCGUCACCAAGGAAGAGGGUUUCGAGGAACCCAAGAUGGAGGAGGGCCAAAUAGACCACACGAUACCGAGACCUGGUCCCAUGCCGAAUAGACCUCCCCCAAAAUUUAUAAGCGUCACAAGCGAGGAACUCAACCCUGAGCAACGUGCGAUGUACGAAUCAGUACUCUCGACUUGGAAACCGGUGAUGUUUCCCAAAAGAACUAAACGGUACAUCUGCCAGAAAUGCAAUAAAGAGUUCAAGAAUUACCAAAACUUAUAUCUCCACACAACAAGAGUGCAUUCCUCCGAAGAAUCUGCCGUGCUGUGCAAUAUUUGUGACAAGACGUUCAAAAACAAACACUAUCUGUACAUGCACCGCAUGAACAAACAUUACUCUGAAACGGAGAAGUGUUACUGCCAGUUCUGUCUGCAGGAGUUUCGCACGCGACGCGCUCUGCACAUGCACGUCAAACGCAUCCAUCCGAACACUUUGCCAGAGAUCAAAUGCCCGGAAUGUGGUAAAGAGUUCUCUGUGCCCUACAAAUUGCGACACCACAUCGAGAACUGCCACAAACCGGAGAAAGAGAAGCACAAAUGCCACAUCUGUCAGAAGCUGUACAAAAGCCAUUUGAAUUUGAACCGUCACUUGCACUUUCAGCACUCCCAAGUGGAGAGACAUCCGUGCGUCUUCUGCCCGAUGACUUUCAAAUCGCGUCACCACAUGAAGCGUCACAUCCUGAACAUCCACCCUCCGUUGGAGUCGAAAGUGACGUGUCCUGAGUGCUUGAAGGAGUUCAAAAACGACCAGUACCUAAAAGAGCACAUGCAAGUCCACACAUCCUUUGACAAGAAGAUUAAAUGUGAACUCUGCGACAAGUUCUUCCAUUCGGCCGUGCGUCUGAAGAAGCACAAGAAGAUCGUGCAUCCGAACAAACCAAAGAUGCGGUGUGAGAAGUGCGACAAAGAGUUCGCCCACGCCCACUACCUGCGGCGCCACAACAACUCGGUGCACGUAGACGUGGAUGAGAGUAACUACGCACACGAAUGCGAUCAGUGCGGGAAGAAGUUCAAGAUCAAGCGGUACCUCAACAACCACCUCCAAAGGCACGAGCAGCAGCACCUCAAGCGCAUCUCCCAAAUGGUGAAGACUGUCAUGGAUGAUGGAGACGCUCCGAAGAAGAAGGGGGCAGCGGCAGCGGCGAGACGGGGCCGACCCCGCAGAGCGAGGAAGGAGAUAGAGUUCAUCAAGUGCGAGCCGGUGUCCAGCACCGAGGAAGAAUCGGAAGAAGAAACGGAAUCGGAUUCAGAGUGAGGGUAGUUUUAAUUUUAAUUGUGGAUGCACACUUAACACACUUCGCUAUUAUCUUUAUCUACAUAUAUAAAAGCGAAAAAAAAAUAACCGCUUGUCUAACUAAAAUGAAAUUUGGCAGGGAAGUUUUUUUAUAUUCUUUAUAAGUUAGCCCUUGACUACAUCUACCUGAUUGUAAGUGAUGAUGCAAUUUUUUUUUAAUAAUCCAGUAAUUUUAGGCAUUUUAUACCCCAAUCUGGGGAAAAAUUCCUAGUGAGCUGAAUUUUUGUAUACACCUUUAUUACGGCGUUAUUAUGAAGUUGUGAAAAAUCGACAUCGAUAUCGUGCCGGCUAAAAAAAUUACAGAGGUCAAAAGGUCACGAAAAUCAGUUUUUUGCAAAUAUUUCGCGACCUAUUGCUCGGACGUCAAUAGAGGUCAUUAUAAAAAUUGUUCCUCAUAAAAUUGUCUACAAAAAAUGUCUCUUAUAGUUUUUCUGUAAAAUUAACGGUUUUCCGAUCAUAGCGCUGAAUGCACUCACAUACGGUAUUGUAUACCGUACACCAAGGCGUAAACUCUAUUGCUUUUUAGUAAUGUUUGUAAAUGUCUCUAAAUCUUUUAUUUUACAUUUAGAUGUUUCCAGAAAGAUAUAUUUAUCAUAUAGGGGUUUAGGUUUUUAGUAAGACGUACUAUAUCUCAUUCUAAUGACCUUCAAUGGUAGAUGUUUCGUAUUUCAUUGUUCCGAGACCCGUCCCUUUAUACCUGCUACUGCCAGUCAGACUGAGUAUACUCAUAGCACGCACUCAAAUACUUGAUCAAUCUACAUCAUUUUUUUUCAAAAAACCAGGAAAAAACAAUGCUGAAACAAAAAUAUACUCGACUGAUAGCCUCAACAAGUAUCCACAUUGCAAAAAAAAUAUUCUGUUUCUGCAUGCCAUGACACAACAAUAAUACAACUUCAGCACUUUUUGGGAAAGGAAAAUUGAAAGUCAUGAAGAUGUUUGAAAAAAGACCCGAUUUAAACAAUUGUACAGAAAUAUUCCAACAAGAAAAUUGCUCACGAGAUGUCAUUGUCAAUACUGGAAUACAUUUUCUACUAGCUGUAUACGGUGCUCCAAAAUCAGAAAAUUCAAUUGAUAAUUACAGAUAAAAGCUACAGCUUUGCUAAAUUAACAAAACAAAGUACAGCUGUAAAAUUUCCUUAAUUACCACCUACUUCUUCAGCUCAACAGCAUAUUUUUCGAGCAUAUUACCAAAUACAAACCUGGCUAGGAAGAGACAUCGAUCCAGAACAGUGGGGUUGGGAGUUAAAAAAUGAUAUGCUGCAUCCAAUAAUGACUUUAUUACCACCAGCACCCGAUGAACUACUGAAUACAAUCUUUUGUAAUUGUACAAAAGGUUGUGGCGGCAAAUGUGGAUGCAAAAAAAUUGGAUUGAGAUGCUCAAAAGUUUGUGGGCAUUGCCGUGGCCAGUCAUGCUUAAACGCCGAGUCAACGAAUGAUGAAAAUGAUGAAGAUGUAGAUUUAAAUCAAGAAAUAACUCCACUUGACAUUUUGUCAGUAGCCAAUAACGAUAGUGAAGCUGAAAAUAUUGACAAUGAAUAAAAAAAAAAAUUAUUCGCAAAAAUUUAUUUUUUUCGGUAUUUUUCAAAAUUUUGAUAAAAAAAAUAUUAAUUGUUAAUUAAAAUAAACUUUCAUUAUAUAUCAUGGAUUAUGCCUACGGGGGAAACCAUGUAAAAAACGCGCCUUGCAUUCUACCUCGAAGGUGGUGAGGAAACGAGUGCAUCGUUACAAUAUAGUCGCUUUCUCAGCGCUAUGAUAGGAAAACCGUUAAUUUUACAGAUAAACUAUAAGAGACAUUUUUUGUAGACAAUUUUAUGAGGAACAAUUUUUAUAAUGACCUCUAUUGACGUCCGAGCAAUAGGUCGCGAAAUAUUUGCAAAAAACUGAUUUUCGUGACCUUUUGACCUCUGUAAUUUUUUUAGCCGGCACGAUAUCGAUGUCGAUUUUUCACAACUUCAUAAUAACGCCGUAAUAAAGGUGUAUACAAAAAUUCAGCUCACUAGGAAUUUUUCCCCAGAUGAAACCUAAAAUAACUGGACUAUAAAUAAAUUAUAAAAAAAAAAAUUGUAUACUGACGGUACCUCUAAUAAAUAUAUAAAAAGUAGCUGUUGGCGUGUUAAGUGUGCAUCUGUUUUUAAAUCUUUAUUUAAAUAUAAAUUUCACAUAGUUUUAGCUUAAGUGUCCACGCGGUAUAUUUAGUGAGAGAUUUUCUAGUUCUUAUAGCUGGUUACUGACAAACAUUGCUGGUGGUUAGUGCUAGUGACUGCCAGGCAUUGCUAGCCACUGCCAAGCAUUGCUAGCUACUGCCAGGCAUUGCUAGUCACUGUCAGGCACUGCUAGCUACUGCCAGGCAUCGCUAGUGAUAGGAAGGCACUGCACUGUCGGGCAUUGUUAGUGAUUGGAAGGCACUGCCAGGCUCUGCUAGUUGCUGGAAGGCACUGCUAGUCACUGCCGGGCAUUGCUAGUUGCUGGAAGGCACUGAUAGUCACUGCCAGGCAUUGCUAGUUGCUGGAAGGCACUCCUAGUCACUGCCGGGCACUGCAAGUUGCUGGAAGGCACUGAUAGUCACUGCCGGGCAUUGCUAGUUGCUGGAAGGCACUGCUAGUCACUGCCAGGCGUUGAUAGUUGUUGGAAGGCACUGCUAGUCACUGCCGGGCAUUGCUAGUUGCUGGAAGGGGCACCGCCAGGCAGUGCUAGUUACUGCCAGGCACUACUGGUUACUGUUAGGUGCUACAAGUUACUGUCAUUUACUGCCUUUAUGGGGUAUAGUCGGAUGCAAUCUGUAUGACGUUUCAGAACAUCGUGCGUUAAACUGCACAGUAAAAUAUUUUAGGUAUCACCGGUUACAUAGAGCGCGGCGGCAAGGGUAUCGCCCCGCGCAUUACUACUUUAGCGUACUUUAUGUAUGUAGAGAGUGUGGCUUAUUUUGGAGACGUCAUAAAGAUUGCGUCUGAAUAUAUUUAUUGCUGAUUUGUAUUGAAUGGUUGCAGUAGAAAACAGAAGAAGAAAUACUUUAUUGCACAAUACAAUUAUAAAUUAAAACAAUAAAAAGAUAAAUUAAACUUAGCAUGCAAAGGCGGCCUUAUUACUAAAAGUAAUCUCUACCAGGCAACAAUACAGAAAUAUUGUAAAGUUGUAUUUGCUAAAAUGUGUUUGCAUGUUAGAAACAUAAUUAAUUAAUUGCUUGAUCAAUCACAACCUACCAUAAUGUAUGGUGUUUAAAGUAUUUUAGGAUUCCCUUGAGAAUGUCGAAAUUUACAAGACGGAGGUCCUGGGUUCGAUCCCCGACUGGGCAGAUUGAGACUUUCUUAAUUGGUCUAGGUCAGGCUGGUGGGAGGCUUCGGCCGUAGCUAGUUACCACCCUACCGGCAAAGACGUACCGCCAAGCGAUUUAGCGUACCGGUACGAUGUCGUGUAGUAACCGAAAGGGGUGUGGAUUUUCAUCCUCCUCCUAACAAGUUAGCCCGCUUCCAUCUUAGACUGCAUCAUCACUUACGAUCAGGUGAGAUUUUAGUCAAGGGCUAACUUGUAAAAAAUAAAAAAAAACAAAGGUACGAUUUUAUUUUUCACUGUUUGAACUAUAAUGCAUCUUUGAGUUUGGUUUAAAUUUUUUGUAAAUUUUUUUUCUUCUUUUUUUAAAAAAGAUUUUUUUUUUUGAUAAAAAGAUGAAAAAAAAGAAGAUAAAAAUGUUUUUUAUUGCAACCAUUUGAACAUGUUAGCAUAUUUCACACUCAAGUGCUAACUUAUUAAAUACUAAAAAGCAAGGCUAGACUUUGUUGGUACAAAUAUCAUUGGAAGCAAUAAUUUUUCACAAUAAAUGUUUUUAUAUGUACGAGUAAGUCACUAUACGUGUAAGGACUUACCUAUGUAGGUGUAUUGUGUCGUAGACAAAAGGUUAAAUGUGCGCUGUAGCAUGGUGCGGGUGACAGUCGCCUUAUGGCGUUCGUAAUACGCACUAUUAUCGUGUGAAGUAAGAAGGAGAGCGUAAUGAACUGUCACCCGCACCAUGCUACAGCGCACGAGCUGUAAAUCACAUAUAUAUCUUAUUUCGGCAUAUAAAAUAUACAUAGACUAAACAACACUAAUUGGGCAAUGCCAAUUUUGCGUCUAAGAUUUAAAAUGGAGUAAUUUAGUAAAAAAUACAAGAUUUUUAGUACAUUUUACGCGAGCUUUGAGCGCGACGACCGAAUCAAGAAAUUCCGUAACGCAAAUAAACCUAACACCCAAGCCGUGCAUCAAGUUAACACAUUUCGACGUUAUCAUAUCGACUCAACUGGACGAGUGUGAAACUAAGGGGCUAAACUUAUUAGACCAGAGUUCGAUUCCAGCUCAACGUAGACAUUAUUUAUUUAUUUAUUCUUUUUUUUAAGGAAAAAAUAAUACUGCAUGUAUAAAAUAAAUAAUUAAUUAUUUAUUUAUUAAAUGCUAAGCAAUAGCUUUACCGCGGCAGUCCCUGAGAGUGCCAUACGUAUUUUUUUUUCAGUAUCCAAUUUUCUUCUCUUUAGUGUUGUUUAGUGACGUGUGUAUAACUAAAGUCCGGCCGCUCAGAAACGAGACUAUCAAAAACGCAAUUUCUGAGCGGCCGGACUUAAUUAACCAAGUGUUUCUAUAACUCGUGGACUCUAAGCAUAAGCCUGGAAGUUUUCAAAACUAAUUAGUAAGUACUUACACUAGAAAAAACGACACUACACAAACUUUACUAAAUAUAUUUGCUCUAGUGCUAAUUCUGUAUACACAAUUCACUAAAAUUUCUAUUAUUUAGCAUAUUUUCAAAAUUAAAAAUUCUAUUAUUGACAAUAUAUAGUUAAAUUAGUUUUCCAUGUCAUAUGUACCGUUUUGUUUUUUUGUUUAAAAUAAAAUUGUUAAACACAUAUUACAUAUAUAAAUUAAUACAAUAAAAUUAAUUUUUGACUUUCUCUUCAAUAUUUUUUUGAUCGUUUUUACUAAUAUGACUAAAAUGACAUUUUAAAAGUAACCUUUUUAAAUGUAACUACAAAAAAAAAAUAUUGAAAAAAGUCAAAAAUCAUUAGUGUUUUAUUUACACAUAAAUUACAUUUUAAAAUUAACCUCAUAAAAUGUCAUUUUAGUGUAAAUAAAAAAGUCCAAAAAACAUUGAAAAAAAAGUCAAAAAUCAUUAAUUUUAUUUUAUUAAUGUGAUUAUUUUGUGACUUUCGUUAGACUAACACAAAAUUGUAUUUUUUACUUAACUCUGUAGUAGAAAAUCAAAAAAACGACAAUUAUAUUGAGUUAUUUUGAAAUUUUUUAUAAAAUCUGUCAAUGAAAUUAUUAUCUUUUUUUUUAGUAAUUGUGUAACUGAAUUGUCACUAAAAACACUACAAAAUAAAAAGUUGUAGGCUUAAAUUUAUCAUCUAUUAUUAUUAUUAUUAUUAGUAAUUGAUAAAAAAGUUUUAUUAUUAAUAUUUCGAAAGUUUUCAUUCAAUUUAAGAGUUUUUAGAGAUUAGUGAUGGAAUUUGGGGAAGAUAGUCGUAAAUUUAAAAUUUUUGAGAAUAAAUUACAGAAAAUAUUUGAAUCGUGGAUAUGAUUAAUGCUCAAUUUCUCAAAGUGCACACAACAACAAUCAAAAAUAUUGACAACAUUGUACAAUAUCGACAAUAUUGUACAAUAUUGACAACAUUGUGCAAUAUUGACAACAUUGUACAAUAUCGACAACAUUGUACAAUAUUGACAACAUUGCGUAAUAUUGACAACAUUGUACAAUAUAGUCAAUAUUUUUGUCAGUUAAUAUAUGUACCUAGACUUUGAGCCAGUCUCGGAUUAGCUAUUUUUUAACUUGGGCAAAAAGUUUAUAUUUGCGCCCUCUGAAAUAAUUUUUUUAGAAGGGAAGAAAGAAUCAUUCAUUUUUAUUUUAAAAUUAUACCAUACAUCACAAUUAUUGCUAAUAAGUUAUAGGAAAUUCUAUAAAAAUAAUAAAAUACAUUAAAUAGGGUUUUGAAUGUUUUUUUUUGUUAUUAAACCAUCAUCAUGAAAAUAUGUGUCUCAUAUACUUUUAAUUUGACCAUAAUUAUUUAGUGCAAGAGCUGGUCAACAUAUUUGGGUUUGUGUUUGGGGCAAAGUGAAAAAUUGCUUGCUUGGGCUUGGCUGGGGAGUAAUAGGGGUUAAAUCAACCCCUACAUCUGCAAAACGAGGAUUAUUUUUUGCAAAAAUAUUUUUGAGGCAUCUGUAAUUUUUAUACAUUUGCAUUGGUCUGUAAGAAAAAUAAUAACCCAGAUUAUUUGGAUCUUUGAUUUGUAAGAUGCUUAAAAAAUUAUUUACGUAAAAAAUAUUUUUUCGUAAAUAGUUUUUUAAGCAUCCAACAAGUCAAAUACUUAACUAAACAAUCUGGUAGUCUGGUUCUUUUUCAUUUUUUUUAUCUUUUUUGAAGUUGUAAUAUUACAAAGAUAAAAAAAAAUUCAAAAAUUACUACCUCAGGCAACAGGUUUUUGAUGUAAACAAAAACGGAUCGUUUCAAAGUUCUUGAACGCCAUCUACAUAGAGCUUUAAGUAUAUCAGCAUAUAACGCCCGAUUACAAUUUUCGUAACGUAUAAUUAAUAUUUCACUAAUUUGUAAUCGGGCGAUAUGUGCUGCCAUCUACAGGUUUAGUAUUUAAAAACAAUCAGUAGAUGGCGUUCAUCUUUACAUUAUUAACCUGACUAGAUUUGAUUCUAAUGUAAUUAUGUAUUUAAUUGUAACUGGGUUAUUUAUAUUUAACUAUUUAAAUAUAUAAAAAUUUCAGAUUGCCUCAAACGUAUUUUUUGCAUGAAAUAAUCCUCGUUUUGGUAUAGGGGUUGAUUUAGUUCCACUACCCCCAGCCAAGUCUCCAGUUAGGCUAGUAUAGGAGACAGGACUAGAUUUCAGUUGGCUCCAAAUAUCUCUAAAAAAUGUCCACCGGCUCUUCGACUAGUAUGUAUUAGGUAAAUAAUUAUUUUGCAUAAUAAAACAUUAUUGUCUAUAGGUAAUUGUACAUUUAUAUUGUGGUAGUGUUGUUUCUUUAUUUACCUAAUUCAAGGCCAAUUUUAAAUUUUUCUGAUUGGUGUUGUAUAGUUUAUUUACAAGUUUUGUGUUUAUCCUGGAUACACUUUUAAAGGAGUGUGGAUUUUCAUCCUCCUCCUAACAAGUUAGCCCGCUUCCAUCUUAGAUUGCAUCAUCACUUACCAUCAGGUGAGAUUGUAGUCAAGUCAAGUUAUAGAGAAUAAAAAAAAACGAUUCAGCCAUCUUAGUAAGUGUACCUCGGAAUUUGAGAUACCCAGUUGAAUAUUUGUAUUUACUUGUAUUUUGGCAUUAUAAAAGUUGUCACAAAAUCUACAUAUGAUAUCUGAGUAUAAAUAUAAACAAAUAUUUAUUGAAGUGAAGCGCAUGAGGGUAAAAUUUUUACAGAUGUGACGUCACGCCGAUAAGCAACGGAAGUGUCGAAAAAGAGAGAGAGCGAUCGAGACCGAUUGAGAGAGAGUAAGACAGGGCGAACGUAGCGUGAAGCGACUAGCCGUGUGAGUGAGAGUAGGGAGCGAGCGAGUGAGAAAGAUUGAGAGAAAAAGUGAGACAGCGAACGUCGUAUCACGCACAGUGCUAUGGAGUGAGGGAGAGAGCUAUAGUGAGAAAGAUUGAACGAGAGAGAGAAAUCGCGCAAUGUAAAUAUUGAAGAAAUAAAUUGAAAAAAUUAUAAUUUACAUUAAUUUUCAACACUUUUUAUAUUUUAAUGACAAUUAAAUUCCUAACCUAUCUUCCUUUUUUCCCUUCCUCUUAGUCUCGGAAAUGUAAAGUUUUAGAUUUGUACAAAUAUAAACAGGAUUUAUAAAUUAGUUCGCCAAAGAAGUUUCACUUCUGACAUGUAUACACAGUACGCACGCAUUUUUUUUUUUUAUAAAAUAAUUGUAUUUGUUAUCAAUAUUUCAAACUUUUAGUUUCAAAAUGCACCAAUUGCGCGCUCUCACUGCUGAGCUCGGGUCUCCUCUCAGAAUGAGUCUUUCAGAUGAUUCACUUUUUACGGUAAAUCAAAGAUAUGAUGUAAAAUGAUAAUAAUAUUAUAUUAUUAUCAUAAUUUUAUUAACAUUAUGUAUAAAAAAACCUUUGAAACAAAAAUUGUAGUGAUGUAGGUAGAUAAUUAUAUCUACAACAUUUCAGUUAGAUAUAUCAAAAUCUGAGAUUCUUAUCUUUCGACUAAGAUGGCUCGAUGGGUCAUCAGGCCAAAUCCUUCAAGAACGACCCUCUUAAGAGGUCCUGGUCUCAGAGGAGACUCCCUUCUCUGCUUCCUCUUCGGGUCCCAUCAGGCGAUGCUUCUGAGCUCGCCCAAACCCCCUGGUGAGUCGCUAAGGUCCCAUAAGGAGCCUCCAGCACUUACACGAUCAGGAUAAUACACAAAGAAAGAGUUAUAACUUAGCAGAGUUCCGCCGUAACGCGUUACGUUACGAACCGGUUUAGCCUCCCGUAAGAAGUUAUCACUGCAAAAUUUUCCUCUGUUUUACAUAAGAAAGAAACAAAAUUUUUGAAUAAGCUAUUAGACACCUAUCAAGGUGUUAAAACUGGUCUUCAAUAUAUUAUUAUUAAAUCAAUAUUUAUAAAUUUAAACAGAAUGCGAUUAUAAUAAAUAUUUUUUUUGUUGUAAAUAUUAUUUUUAGUUUUUCAUCUCAAUAUUGGGUUUCUAGUGUAAUUUUUUUUAGUUCUAAUGUAGUAAUUCAUAAUUAUCAUCCAUCGAUCUCCUAUUAAAAAUUAGAUGCACAAUCAGCGAACAAAAACGUCUCCACUCAAUGAGUGCCAAACACAAGUUCUUGACACUCAAUUCAAGUAGUCGCAUUUGCAAAUUCAACCUUAAACUUAAUCCUGAAGGUUGAAUUUGCUCUGUUAGGGAUACUUUAUGUAUAAUUUUCUUUACCAAUAAUUUUAAAACUGUCAAACCAAAAUUGGCCAGUUUUUAAGUGAAAUUUUCUACAUGAUUGUGCUUCCUUUUAUUAUUAUAAGAGGUCAAUGGUUUCAUCCUAUUUUAACGAUCCAUUACAUAUUUAGUUUUUCUCAUUGGCUUCAAUGAAUUGUAUUGAGAAUUCUUAUUAAUAGGGAUGAUGACAGUUUUUUUAUAAUUGUAUAUAAAUUAAGAGUAUGCUAAUAGUAAAGCAAUUUUGUAAAAGUAACAGGGUAUCUGCGAUCAUUACUUUCGGAGCUACAGGGAUUUAAAGAGUCAGAUUUGCGGCGCUGCCGCGGAUCCCUGAAAAACGCCCCAUACAAAAUGGUACGAACUAAUGACGUCGUAGGCAAAGUAAUGAUCGUUAGAUUUGUAUGUGCGUUCAAACGAAAUUACUAAUAUCUUUGUUAUUUGUGCGUUUAUGUUUAUAGUUCAAAUAUUAAAAAAUGUCACAUUUAAUGUAAGGAUGGUAAAACUGUAUGAAUUUUCAUCUAAUUACGACAAAAGUUCUUUAAUAGAUUUUGAAAUUUUAUAAUCUCAUUUAUUUUGCAAAUAUCCAGACAAUCUUUGCUUUUUAUGUAUAAAUUAGUUAACAUUGACCUUAUUUACCCGAAUGUAUCAUAAAAAUCAAUAUAUUCAAACCUAGUCAUCAUCCCCAUUGUAUUGAUUUUAUUACAUGCUCGCCAAGCGUAUUCUAAUAUAUGUAUAGUAUACAUAUACGUUUUGCUUAUUAAAGCCGUCAAAUGUCGUAUUAAACCGACUUCAAAAAAGGAGGAGUUCAGUUGGAAGUUUAGGCUUUUUUAUGUUUGUUACCUUAUAACUGCGUAAUUUACUAACUAAUUUUGAAAAUUCUUUUUUUUUUAAAGGCGACGGUGAAUACAAACGUCGAGCAUGUUCAAUCGUCUGUGACUAUCAUUAGGUGAUUGUAACAAAUAUUGUAUUUACUAUUAUUUACCUUUUGCACCUUGCAAUGAUUUUAUUAAAACCAGUUUUCGAACAUUAGCGUCGAGCAUGUUUGAGCGUGUGUAACUAUCAUUAGGUUAUUUUACAAAAUAUUAUAUUUUAUUUACCAUACUAUUAAGUUAGUUUAAAUUACUUGCCAAUUUUUUUCUGCUUUUUUUAUAAAUCGUAAUGUAUUGGCAUUUUAUAAUUUUGUCUGAUUUAAAAUGUUGGUAAUUUGGUUUUUUUAUUACAACCAACUAAUGUUUUAUAAAAUAAAUAACAUUAAAAUAAGUUAAGUUCUAGUUUUGGAGAUUGGCGUGAACAAAUGAAACGAAAAUUUUGAAAAUAUCUUUUUUAUAUUCCGAUUCUCUUCACUCUUUCUAUUUUUUGGAAUAUUAAAUGUACAGUCACUGUUUCUACUCUAUUAUAUGUAUAGAUAGUUUAAAUUAGUGAAAACGAAAAUCCUUGAAUUUUUUUCUAUAAGAUUGUGACGUCACGGUUUCAAAAUUAUGACGUCACUAAACUGUAACGUAGAUUGCGUUUCAUAUAAUAUGAUCCAUAUGAGUUUUGUAAACGAAAGGUACAUAAUUGUUUUUUAUUUAGAGAUUGUGACGUCACAGUUUUGACAUUAUGACGUCACCAAGCUGUGACCAAGAUUGUGUCACAGAACUCCAGGUAAUUUUAGAAAAUCUACUUCAAAUGCAUAAUUUCUAUUGUGAGGUUGUGACGUCACAAUUUUGUAUUUUUGACGUCAUCAAACUGUGACUAAGUGUCAUAGAAAUCACAAUUUAGGAUGUCAUAACAUGUUUUUUUUUAAUUUUGACUGAAGAUUGUGUUGAACAUCCACGAUUUUUGGAAACGAAUAAUAUCCAUUUUUUUUUUUCAAUUUGUGCUUAAUAUUAAAUAUUAAUAAUGAAUAAGUGAAAGAUGAAAGAAAACGUUACUACCUAUAAUAACAAAUAUAUUAUUAAUAUUUUAGAUUACUUAGGUAUUGUAAUUUUGUUUUCUUUUUUAAGUGAAUUUUGUAAAUAGUUGAAGAAUUUAUUAAUGUGCAAAAUAAACGGUUACUUGGA